GGCGUCGCUCUACCCCUGCGCCUCUCUAUGGUUCAACCCGGCGUGGUCUGCGCUGUAAGGGGUCCCAGUUUCAUUUCACACCGGAAGUAUCCGCGCGGACCCGCGGUGGGUUUCUCUGACCUUUCCUAUCUCUUUAGACCCCCCGUCCCACGGUGAUGCGCGUAGCCCCGAGCGUGUGAAUCUGGGGAGGGCAAACGGAGCCUCGUUUCCUUCCAGAGGAACUAGCAAAGCCCCCCAUAAGAAGACAUUAAGAAAGCAGCAGAAAUGUUGCGUAGGCCUCUACUGCAGGUGAUGCGCCAGUUUGUGAGGCACGAGUCUGAGUCGAUGGCACUGCCUUUAGUCCUUGAAAGAUCCUUGAAUCGUAUCCAGUUACUUGGCCGUGUAGGACAGGAUCCUGUCAUGAGGCAAGUUGAAGGCAAAAACCCGGUCACCAUCUUCAGCCUUGCAACCAACGAGAUGUGGCGAUCGGGAGAAAGUGAAUCAUUCCAGGGAGGUGAUAUUACACAGAAGACAACAUGGCACAGGAUCUCUGUGUUCAGGCCGGGGCUAAGAGAUGUGGCGUAUCAGUAUGUGAAGAAGGGUGCUCGGAUCUAUGUGGAAGGGAAGAUAGACUACGGCGAGUACGUAGACAAGAACAACGUAAGGCGGCAAGCCACAACAAUCAUUGCAGAUAACAUUAUUUUCCUGAGCGACCUUCUUAAAGAAAAGGAAUGAGCGGUCUGUCCUGGGACCGGGUUUUCAGCUGUUCCUUUUUUUCUGCUUCUUUUGGUAGCAUUUCCUAAUUCUGAAAUCAUGUGUCUGCCUAUAGUUUCUUUUCCAUGAUUAAAAAUAACCUUUUGUACAAAUAAG